AUGACAUCGACGCCACGAAUCUCACAGCGAUUUUCAACACAAACAACCGCGUCCACCUCUUCCACGUCUUCCUACCCUCACCCUCCCCCAUCGCAGCUGCCGGAUCCGUCAUCAGCAGCAUCCUACUCGUUCGCCCAAUCCAGCACUGCCAUACCCCCACCCUUUUCAUCUCGUCGUACCUCUGCCAGUGUGCUUUCCUCUUCCGCCUCCUCAUCCCAACAAACCGCACUUAUCUCCUCUUCUGCGUCUUCGGCUUCACAGCGCUACUCGAAUCCAUCUCGGAACGCUUCUGCAAGAUCUGCUUCUUCCGUCAUCGAUGAAGGAAAUACUUCCUACAACUCUACCGGUGCAUGGACGAGAAGCGGACCGGUACCGGAUAUCGUAGAGCGACCGAGGGAUAAGACUCGACAGAGUGAAGUGGCUCUCUCUUCACUUUCGUUCCUUUUUUCCGAGAUUGUUAGCUACACUCAGAACAGGGUCACGGGCGUCACCGACUUGGAGAAGAGGUUGAGUUUGAUAGGAUACACGAUGGGUCAGAGGGUAUUAGGGUUGGCAAUGCAUAGACAAGAAAUGACGAAUAACCCAAAAAAUCCAAAAAGGGAGACGAGAUUGUUACCUGCCCUACUAUGGAUCCAUACUGGCUUCUGGAAAGCUGCGUUCGGAAAGGCGGCAGAUUCGUUGGAGAGAAGUACUGAAGCUGGUCGUGGUGAUGAGUGUAAGUUCCCCGCCGCUCCCUAA